AUGGUGUCCUGCUCUGACGAUAUCCGUCAUAUGAUGGAAGUGGCCACAGGGCGGUGGGCCGAGGACCUAUUCGACGAAUCUACAACCACAGCUUCAAGACAAGCCCCAACAGCCUCCAUUGGAACUAACAUACGAAUACGUUCUACUCGCCUCUUCAAACGAAAUGAAAGGUACUCCCAUUGCCCUAUAGCUUUAUGGUUGACACUGUUCAAGAGACCUCCUUCCCUGUUUUGUGUGAAGACGGGAUGA